UCUCUUGAUUUCUGACCCACUUUUUUUAAUUUAAAGCAUAAAACCUUUCACUUCUUUUGUCUUCCAACUACCAAAUUCUAAACCACCUCCUUUUUACAAUAACCCCUUUUUUCAGUGCAAAGAAAUAACAAACUAAACAUGUUGCACCAUACCAAAAAAACUUUUGGUUGAUUUUGUUUAAAAUGUUGAAAAUUAGAACAAUAACAUGAAAUGAAAUUAGAAGAGAAUAAAAAUAAAAUGGGGUAUUUGUAUUUAUCAUCACCAUUAGUGAAAGUAAUAAUUUGCUUCACUAUACCAUUGAUUUUGUUAUUUGGGUUUGUUUCAUUCAAUGGUGGUCUUAAUCCAAACCCUUUGAUUUUGCCGUCUUCGUUGUCGUCGAAGACGGCGGAAACUUCAUCAAGUGUAAAUUCAAAGGAAAUACACCGAGUUUCAACUGAAGAAUUGAGAUUAAAAAUUGAAGAAGGGAUAAUAGCAGAGAAAGCUAGUGUUGUAACAGAGGAAUCUGGUUUAUCAACACCUUCUGAUCAUGUUGCAACAAUUCAAGCUGCUAAUAACUCAUCUGUUUUUGCACUUGCGACAAAUGGGAGCUCAAUGACAUUAAAGGACAUGACUCCAAAUUCAACCGAUAUCAUCGUCACUACCUUAAAUGAAACACAUACCCCUCCCAUGAGGAAAGUCGAACUAGAGAAGGUGGUUACUGAUUUGGAUAAGCUUGAAAUCGGGCUUCAAAAGGCUCGGGCCGGAAUCAAGGAAGCUAAGUUUACAAAUCGUACGUAUGAUGACCCCGAUUUUAAGCCCGUCGGUCCAAUGUAUUGGAACUCCAAUGCUUUUCACAGGAGCUACUUGGAAAUGGAGAAACGAUUUAAGGUUUUUGUUUACGAGGAAGGUGAAACCCCAUUGUUCCACAACGGCCCUUGUAAAAGUAUAUACUCAACCGAAGGGAACUUCAUACACCUUAUGGAGAUCAAUAAUCAAUUCCGAACUAAGAACCGAGAGAAGGCUCAUGUGUUCUUCCUUCCCUUUAGUGUCACUAUGAUGGUUCAUUAUGUUUAUCCACGGGACUCUCAUGACUUUGGUCCCAUUAAACACACCGUGAGAGAUUAUAUCAAUGUCGUUUCUAGCAAGUAUCCUUAUUGGAAUCGUAGCCUUGGAGCUGAUCAUUUUAUGCUCUCUUGUCAUGACUGGGGGCCAGAAGCAUCAAAUUCAGUUCCUUACCUAAGCAAGAACUCAAUUCGAGUCCUAUGCAAUGCUAAUACCUCCGAAGGGUUUAAGCCUCGGAAGGAUAUAUCCCUUCCUGAAAUCAACCUUCGAACGGGGGAUAUCCAAGGGUUCGUUGGAGGACCAUCCCCUUCACGGCGCUCCAUCUUAGGAUUUUUCGCGGGUGGACUUCAUGGACCAAUUAGGCCUAUCCUCCUAGAGUAUUGGGGAAACAACAACGACGAAGACUUGAAAAUCUACAACUACCUACCAAAAGGAGUUUCCUACUAUGACAUGCUAAAAAAUAGCAAGUUUUGUAUUUGUCCUAGUGGUUAUGAGGUCGCGAGCCCUAGGAUCGUCGAGGCAAUAUACACCGGGUGUGUGCCUGUUCUUAUAUCGGAUCACUACGUACCACCAUUUAGUGAUGUGUUGAAUUGGAAGUCCUUUUCAAUUGAAGUCUCGGUGAAGGACAUACCGAACUUGAAGAUGAUCUUAUCAAGCGUUUCUACAAAAAAAUAUUUGAAGAUGUACCGAAGAGUGCUUCAAGUAAGGAGGCAUUUCGAAGUUCAUUCUCCUCCUAAACGCUAUGAUUUCUUCCAUAUGAUACUUCAUUCGGUUUGGCUUCGGAGAUUGAACGUUCAUGUUCAUGAUCAUCAAGAGUUAUAGACACUGUAAAUCUUUCCAAAAAAAAUACAUAUAAUGUGAAAAUGAGUUCAUUUGUGGUAGUUGUAAGUAGGGGAAACCAAAUCUAGUUACUAGUACGUCAUGAUUUAAUUUGAUAUCAUUGUUCAUAAAGUACAUGAUACAAUGGUACAAGAAUAAAAUAUUAAAUUUGUAUAAAUGGACUCCAUCCUCUAUGGAUGUUUUUCCUUUUUUUUUUUAAAUACAAAGUAUGUAAAUAGAGAAAUUUUUUUUUUUAAAAGAAAAUUUUUCGUUGAACAUAUAAAACAUACGUAAAAUUUUGAAUUUGAAUUUAUAGAAUACAUAACAUCGUUGACUACACUAUAUAAAAUUUUAGGUAGAGCCGUAGAGGAGUCUCAUUUUCUCCAAAAAAAAAA